AUGAAUCGACUUUUGUUUGAGAGGUCCACUGGCAACGUCGGGCCCAACGCCUUUGCGCGGCUGCACGCGGCCUCCCUGGUGACCUCGCUUUGGGCGGCACCCGAGUACCGCUUCGAUGGCGGAGAGCGAGGCGCUGCUGUCCAUGAUGGCGAGUUGAGCCCUGGUAAUCAUAUCUGGGCUCAUCAAUCUGGUGUUAAUGCUCUAGCAUUGGAGCGCUUCGAGGGAAGAAUACUGGUAUCAGGGGGUUCAGACGCUUCCAUCAAGAUAUGGGAUCUCGAGCAGUACCAAAGCCCCGACCAAGUCUCAAUAAAUACAUUCAAACCCACAGGCACAAUACCCCGCUGCUCAUCCCCAUCAGGAGGAAAUGGUCACAGAUUCGGCGUCACCCAUUUGUCCUUCUAUCCGUUCGAUUCUGCGGCUUUCUUGUCCACGUCUUUUGAUCAGACCCUCAAGUUGUGGUCGACAGAUGCUGCAAAGGUCUCUGGAUCCUUUCAGCUCGGCUCAAAAGUGUACACACACGCAGUUUCGCCAAUUGCGUCUCAUCUCCUGGUUGCAUGCGGUACCCAGCAUCCUGCUGUCCGGCUAGUAGACCUUCGUUCUGGCGCGAACGUGCAGUCCUUGUCUGGUCAUGGUGGAGCUGUUCUCUCUGCUUCGUGGUCGCCCAGACACGAGCACGUCUUAGCCACAGGAAGUGUAGAUGGUACAGUCAGACUGUGGGACAUCCGGAGAGCCGGUGGUGCUAUCGGCUUGUUAGACCUCGAAGACAGCCUUGGACUUUACUAUAAUGGUCUUUUAGGGGUCGAUGGCACUGGAAGGCCUAUGGUGAGAAGGUCACGGCUUUCCGCCAAGGCUCACUCGGCUCCUGUCAACGGGCUCACCUGGACAGACGAUGGCAACUAUAUUGUCUCUGCAGGCCAUGAUCGACGCAUCCGAGUGUGGGAUGCAGCCACGGGCCGCAAUACUCUGGCCAGUUUCGGACCAAGUAUACAGAACAAUCAGCUCUCUGGUGUCACCAUGUUCACAUCCCCUCAAGGCGUCACACCGCCUGGGAAAGAACUCCUGUUCUGGCCGAACGAGUCGGAAGUACUUGUCAUGGACCUCCACGAAGGAACGAUAAUCACAAGGCUGCGCUCCGUGGGGCCCUCGACGGCCGGCGUACGCUCUGCCAGUGGUGCGCGAGGUGGUGAGCGCACGGUCAGGAAUCGCAUCACCAGCCUCGUGUGGAGGGGAUCCGGGGGAGGUGGUUCAAGUUCUGGUGUGGUUACUGGUGGGUCUAACACUUCUGCGGCUAUCUACAGCGCGCAUCUUGACGGGCAAAUACGAGCUUGGGUGCCGGCAUUGUCCCGGAAGAGUGAGCGCUUCGGAUCGAAGCAUGAAGGCGAUAGUCUGGAUCUGGACGAUGACGAUGACGAAGAUCCCGAUCAAAAAGGAGAGGACAGGGCCAAGAAGCGCAAGGCAUUGGAUGAUGUCUUCAAGAGCUUGAUGGGAAAGCAAAUCACUUUUUCCUGA